AUGUCAUUUGUACCCAGAAGAGUCUUUCCGGAUUAUAGACUAAUACUUUCAAACUUCAAAGGACAUCAUCAGAAAGCUCUCACGCGGUUUAGCUAUUUAGCCCCGCAAGUUGACCUAGUGCUUGAGGUGAGAGACUCCAGAGCACCUAUCUCCACAACUAAUGUGUUGUUUGAUAAGGUGCUAGCGAGAAAAGAGAAGAUAGUUCUCUACUCCAAGAAAGAUCUUUCAGUCUUGAAACCAGAUCUACAAAAGAGGUGGCAUGGUGAUGAGAAAUUUCUCUUUGUGGAUGCCAGGAGUAACAAAGAUGCGAGAUCGAUACUUAAGCUUCUUAAGGAGAAAUACGAAACAAUGUACCCGCCGCCUCCACUCGGACUUCGGACAAUGAUCAUCGGUAUGCCAAACGUGGGCAAGUCUACUUUGGUCAAUACUCUCCGUUCCGUGGGAUACGUCUCGCAACUACCUAAAAGUGUUUCGUCGAAGAAAAAGAAGGUUGCCAGGACUGGCGGUCAGCCCGGUGUUACCAGAAAUACAAGUGAAGUCAUACGUUUGAGUGAGGAUCCUGACAUUCUCGUUUACGAUACUCCCGGAGUUUUUCUACCUACUGUGAGGGAUAAUGAAACAAUGCUUUCGCUAGCCCUCGUUGGAUGUGUUCAUACUUCAUUUGUUGAUCCAAUAAUUUUAGCUGAUUAUCUCCUUUAUGUUCUCAAUCUUCAAAAUUCAACAGGUAAAAUGUAUAGGACCUACAUGGAUCAUCCCACAAAUGACAUCCACGAGUUGCUCUACAAUAUAGCUCUCAAGAGGAGAAAGGUCAAGAAAGAUGGAAGCUUUGAUGAGAUUGGAAUGGCGAAUUUCUGGGUUGACACCUGGAGGCAGGCCCGCGAUGGAAGAUUCAAGGGUUUAUUUGACAAGGAGGCCAUUCUCGAAAUUGAGGAUUCUGAAUUAAAGCAGAUCAUGAAGAAAGAGAAGAAUCGCGUCAAAGAGACUGGCGUGUACACCAGAAUGGUUGCAAGGUUGGGUGACGAUGGCACAGCAACGUCGUCGAACCGUAAAAGAACAGCGAAAGAUAGAGAAUUCGAUUUGCGCAAUCAACUUUUCAAAUUGUAA